AUGCAUCCACUUACGGCAUUCGGAUUUCCUGACUCCCCAAACUUACUGUGGCAUGUUUUCGGUGCGCUGCAAUUCGAACCCUCGUUAAAGCCGAGGGUAGGGCCUCUCCGUGUUCAUGUCAACGAAGCCUGGGAUGCGUGUUUCUCUCAGAAUUCCUCGUUCAUUUUCUGCGAUGCUUGCAAUUCAGCAUCUCAUCUUCGUCAUUCAAUCGCUUCGAAAUUCAACCAUACCAAUAAGAGAAAGUGCCGUAACAUCUUGCGGUCCUUCAAAUCUAUCGGUGCAAGUGCAUUCCCUGUGAAGUUACAGACACGAGGGCUCGAUCCCGUGGCCUGGAUAUACGAAGUACUGAACGUGCAACUCGGACCAUGUCUCGUGCUUCGUACGACUUGA